CCACUGAGAAUGAGUCACUGCAGCAGCCGAGCCCUGACCCUGCUGAGCAGCGUGUUUGGUGCGUGUGGCUUGCUCCUGGUGGGCAUCGCGGUCAGCACUGACUACUGGCUCUACAUGGAAGAAGGCACUGUGUUGCCACAGAAUCAGACCACUGAGGUCAAGAUGGCCCUACAUGCUGGCCUCUGGAGAGUCUGCUUCUUUGCAGGUCGUGAGAAGGGUCGCUGCGUGGCCUCGGAGUAUUUCCUUGAACCCGAGAUCAACUUGGUGACGGAAAACACAGAAAAUAUUCUGAAGACAGUGCGCACGGCUACCCCCUUCCCCAUGGUCAGUCUCUUCCUUGUAUUCACCGCCUUCGUCAUCAGUAACAUCGGCCACAUCCGUCCACAGAGAACCAUUCUGGCCUUCGUGUCUGGCAUCUUCUUCAUCCUAUCGGGUGAGCUCAAGAAAAACACUUACGGUCAAAGGGCGGGUGGGGAAGGGGGCUAUUUCAAAUUCCAGGGAUCUGGGGCCGGCGUGAUGUCCGUGUACCUGUUCACCAAGCGCUAUGCGGAGGAGGAGAUGUACCGCCCGCAUCCGGCCUUCUACCGCCCACGUCUCAGCGACUGCUCCGACUACUCGGGCCAGUUCCUGCAGCCUGAGGCCUGGCGCCGCGGCCGCAGUCCCUCAGAUAUCUCCAGCGACGUCUCCAUCCAGAUGACCCAGAACUACCCCCCUGCCAUCAAGUACCCAGACCACCUGCACAUCUCCACCUCGCCCUGUUGA